GGGUGGGGAGGAGCCCCUUUCGAAAGUGGAUAAGAUGAAUUUGAGCGCGGCCGAGGAAGAGGCCGAGCAGGAGAUUCACAUUCCCGCCGAUAUCGACUGGCAGAUGCUCGACAAAUCCAAGUUCUUCGUCCUCGGCGCCGCGCUCUUCUCCGGCGUCUCGGCCGCGCUCUACCCCAUCGUGCUGCUCAAGACCCGGCAGCAGGUCGCUCAGUCCCAGGUCCCUUGCGUGACGACCGCGGUCGCCAUCGUCCGGCACGAGGGUUUUAGGGCCUUGUACAGAGGGUUCGGGACUUCUCUGAUGGGUACCAUCCCCGCCCGGGCUUUGUACAUGGGAGCUCUGGAGGUCACCAAGAGUAAUGUCGGGUCGGCGACCGUGCGGCUGGGGUUCUCGGAGCCCAGCGCGGCCGCCAUCGCGAACGCGAUGGCGGGUUUGAGCGCCGCCAUGGCCGCGCAGCUCGUCUGGACUCCGGUCGAUGUCGUGAGCCAGAGGCUCAUGGUGCAAGGUGCUUGUUGCGGCGGCGGCCCUCCUUCUAGUUCGGGUGUUUCCGAUGCGGCGUCGGCGUGUAAAUAUCACAACGGGAUCGAUGCUUUCAGGAAGAUACUCAGGACUGACGGGAUGAGGGGCUUGUACAGAGGUUUCGGAAUAUCGAUCUUGACGUAUGCGCCGUCGAAUGCGGUGUGGUGGGCAUCGUACUCCGUUGCGCAACGCCUCGUGUGGGGCGGGAUUGGCUGCUAUUAUUAUAAGAAGGAUGGCGGCGGGGGGAGCAGCAACGAGAACGGCGGCAAUGCGAUUAGGCCGGAUUCGAAAAUGGUGAUGGCGGUUCAGGGGGUCAGCGCGGCCAUGGCGGGUGGCGUGUCGGCCUUAAUCACGACGCCCCUGGAUACGAUCAAGACGAGGCUGCAGGUCCUAGACGGGGAGGAAAAUGGGAGGCGGGGACCGACCGUCGGGCAGACCAUCAGGAACUUGGUUAAGGAAGGUGGCUGGAUGGCUUGUUACAGAGGCCUGGGGCCGAGAUGGGCUUCCAUGUCGAUGUCGGCGACCACGAUGAUCACUACCUACGAGUUUCUGAAACGGCUGUCGGCGAAGAAUCAGGACGUUUUGAGUUGACAAAACAAACGAAAGGGAAACGGGAAAGCGAUUUUCCUCUCUUCUUCCUUUGUUGAAACUCUUGUUAAUUUCUCUC